AGACAAGCCCAAAAGGAGCUACGGGCUCAUUUGAACCACAAAGCUAUGUGGCUAGCGCCCAAAAGUCGCCUUUAUUUUCAAAGGCAUUCUUAGCUAAAUAUCAUCUGAAGAGGUUGGAAUAAAAUAAACAUUUAGUGGGAUAAAAACAAACAAAUAAACAAAACAACUAGCUCCAAACCUCUGAGUGAAGUGGAGGUGCCUCCUGUUAGCUCUUCACUAAACUAACAUCCACUCAAUACAUCUUCUGUUUCAUGAACUGUCUGUUUUGUGGCUCAUGGAUGACAAGUUUCUCUUCCAUACAUCACCAAAAAAAAAAAAAAAAAACCCAGAAGAUUUUCUGCUUUCUCCUCCAAAAGAUUCCCCUUUUACCAGGAUGCUUACAGUGCAGUAGAGUGGAAACCCUGUCUCUUCCACCACCACCAUCAUUUUUUUGCUCUGUUGUGUUUGUGUUUUUUUUUUUUUUUUGUUCUUUUUCUUUGACCUGUAGGAAAGUCUGGUUCAGGCUUAAAAACUACUGAUGGAAAACCCGUGAUGACACACAGCUUAGUUUUAACACUCUGCUGGAUUCACGAUUUGUGCUGAGGCAUUGUCAGUCUUCGGGAGGAUGUUGGGUUUGCUUUGGAUCACUGGGUGCUUUUUUUUCUCUCAGUUCAAAACCUGGGUUAUUUGAAUGUGACAUCUGCUGAACUCUCAGAAUAAACACGGUCAUGUCCUUGCCGCACCGUGUGGACGGGCGGGAGCCGCAGAUUGCUCUGCAGCAGCAGCAGUCCUUCCUCCCGCAGCGUGGUGGUUUUCAGGACCACUUUGUCAUGCAUCCUGAGCCCAAGUACUGCUGCGAGCACUGUCACAUGGUGCUGUGUAAACCUCGGCAGACCGAGUGCGGACACCGCUUCUGCGAAAGCUGCAUUAUCCAGCUGCUUAGUAAAACGAAUCCGGUGUGCCCAGCUGAUAUGGAGCCAUUGUCUCCAGAAAAAAUAUUUCGUGAUGUUUGCUGCCAUAGAGAGAUCAUGACACUGAAAGUCUACUGCCGCAGCGCGAAAAACGGAUGUAAAGAACAAAUGAGUUUACAGCAGGUUACGGACCAUCUGAACAUGUGUGAGUACUUUGAGGUGCCGUGUCCGUUGUGUAAAGAGAAGAUUAUGAGGAAGGACGUGUCUGAACACUUGAGCCACAAAUGCAAAUACCGUGAGACCACCUGUGAAUUCUGCAAACACAAAAUGGCCUUAACGGAACUACAGAAACACAAAGAAACUGUCUGUCCUGCAUUUCCAGUAUCAUGCCCCAAUCAUUGUUCGUUUCCAUCCAUUUUAAGAAGCGAGCUGUCCAUUCACCAGCAAGAUUGUCCAAAGGCUCAAGUCACAUGCUCCUUCUUUCGUUUUGGCUGCAACUUCAAGGGUUUGAACCAGGAAAUUAGGGAGCACGAGUCAAGCUUUGCCUCAGAACACUUGCGACUGAUGAUGGCCAGAAGCAAUACUCUAGAGGCCAAGGUGGAGGACGUCAAGAGCGAGCUGCUGGAGCGCUACGCGGUUCUCCCGGGUCUGAGCAGUCGUCUAACAGAAGUGGAGGAACAGUACAAGGAGAUGAGAGAGAAAUAUCGACAAGUGGAGCAGAAACUCUCCAGCAUGCAGAAGCUAAUGAGCGCACACUCUGAGAAACUGCUGGAGGUGGAGAUGGAGCUGAGGGAUCUGCGGUCAUUAAGGUCCAUGCGGGAGGAAGUGGAAGCUCUGAGGGGUGCCGUGGAGAGCAUGCGCUCUGUCGUAGCGUCGCUCGACACUGUCCGAAGCAGUCCAGGUUCCCACACGCUAACCUCAUUAGAGACAGAGCUGUCACGGCAUGAUGAGCUGCUCAGUGUGCAUGACAUUCGUUUGGCUGACAUGGACCUGAAGCUGCAGGUGCUGGAGACAGCCAGCUUCAAUGGAACUCUUAUUUGGAAGAUUCGUGACUACAAACGGCGCAAGCAAGAAGCGGUGGCUUCUAAAACGUUGUCGCUUUACAGCCAGCCCUUCUAUACUGGCUAUUUUGGCUACAAGAUGUGUGCACGUGUUUAUCUGAACGGUGACGGCAUGGGGAAGGGCACCCACCUGUCGCUGUUCUUUGUGGUGAUGCGUGGUGAGUAUGAUGCGCUGCUGCCAUGGCCUUUUCGCCAAAAAGUGACACUCAUGCUAAUGGACCAGGGUCCUGCACGCAAGCACUUGGGCGAUGCCUUCAAGCCUGACCCAAACAGCAGCAGCUUCCGGCGGCCAACAGGGGAGAUGAACAUUGCAUCGGGCUGUCCGCUCUUUGUCGCCCAGACCGUUCUGGAGAACGGCACCUACAUCAAAGAUGACACCAUCUUCAUCAAGGUCACAGUGGACACUUCAGACCUGCCUGACCCAUGACACCCGGACAGUUAUCCCAUUGGUCAGUACCACUGUCAUUUUCAUGUCACUGAACCUCAAAGUGCUAAAUAUUUAAAACGAAUAUUUCAUCGGUCUCUACCACACCCCUUAGCCUGUCACUUUUAAGUCCAAAGUCAGGUUUGAACGAUCAGGACGGUCUAGCACUAAAAACACAAUAAUGCAACUGUACUGUAGCACAAAUACAGGGUGAUUCAGAAAAUUGUUACCACCUAUAUGACACUACAACAUUGUGACACUCUUACACAAUGAGGAUAAGUUACUAAUUACCGGCUGUAAAAUGUAACUCCGAUGCAUUGCCUCCACUUUUGCACCAACAGUCAACAGUACUCUAAAGAAAAGGAAAGAAAAACGGUUGCCAAUAAGUGCUAACAUUUUUUGAAUCACACUGCAUGUUUUCAGACCGACCGCUUUAGGGCUUGGUGAAAUGAUAUCAAAAUUAUGAUUAUAAUAACAUCAUGACACACUUUUCCCAGGUAUCAUCAUUUAUUGUCAGUAGUCAGUCCUUUAAUAAAUCCCUACUGGCAUCUGACAGUUUUGCAAAUACACCUUUUGUCCUUUUGAAAGAAGCUUUCCUUCCUAAAUAAGUGCGUUAUGAAAGACCAGUUCUAAACUUCAUCAUCAUCAUCAUCAUCAUGAUACUGUGUUAUCCUCAUGUGAACCUUUUCUAAUAAUAAUAAGAAGAAGAAUCCAAGAAAAUUCCGUAUCAGUUCAAAGCGAACAUUUCUUCUCAUUUCAAUGAUGAAUAUUAAUUUCUUGCUUUUCAGUUCAUUCCUUUAUAACGAACCCAAAGCAAGGUUUAAAAACUUUUUUAAAAAGCAGUGUACACUCAGUUCUUCAUUUAGAAGACUUUUUAUCCAGUUUGUAUUGAAUGUGAUUUGUUUCAUGCCAGAGGGCCCGGUGCUCAUCAGGGAUGUUGCAAGGUCACAGGAUUGGGGGAAAAAACUGAGCAGAAACCGAUGAGAAGAAUCAACCAAACACAAGAGUGGGCUGAGAGUCUCAGGCUGGUGCUCCUGAAACAGUGUAGGCGCAGUUGCUUGAGACGGUGCUCUGCUUUGGAUCAUGACCAGGGUAGAGGAGGUCUCAGAUAGCCUCAUUGUUCAAGAUGGAGCAGAAACAGCAAAUGGUUUUCCCCUCAAAUCCAUAAUAUGUCAUUGUCUGUGCUGGUACAGACUUGGAGAAAGAGAAAAUGUUAGGUGAUGAGGCCAACAUGAAGAACUGCCUUUCAGAGAGGAAAAGUAAGAGGGAUCCGUUUGUUCUGUGUAACCGACACGUUAUUGUACUUUUAGAACCCCAGCUUAAAAAGAUUGAGAGAAAUUAAAAGAAAUACAUCAAAUUCACGAGUGGGCCUCAUUCAUCAAUCUUGUAGCAAAGUUGUAUGUAAAUGUAUUUAUAAGGCAAAACAAACUGACAACGUGUUUUUUUUUGUUUUUGUUUUUUUUUUUGUUUUUCCCCCUCCAUAUUCCAGUGCAUAUGUUGAUAAAUCCCAGACUACAGUUUUUAUUUAGUGACUCACAAAAUGAUGACUUCAAUGAGUCUUCCUGACCGUGUUAAAAGCUUCAAUAGUGCAGUUGUGGCUUCCACAGUCACACAUAAACUCCUCCGCUCUUUCUGGGGUGCUGGUUCCUUUCUACUAAAUGAAUGCCUAGUGUUAUUUGUUUAUAUUUUUAUAUAAAAUUAUUAUUAUUUUUUAUUUUUUUUUGGGGGGGGGUGGGUGGGGGGUGUUUGAAAUAAAUGAGACACUGAUACUUAAGGCUUAACAUACCGUAACUCAACAAAUGAUCAGAUUUAAAAUAUAAUUGGUGUGGUACAUUAACGGAGUCUUCUUCUAAUUGUGUUUUUUCAUGAAUAUCACAUUUCUGAUGUAAAUGCUCAUAUAGAACUUGAUAAAUGAGGCCCCGGUGUCUGUAUAACAGGCUGUUGAUUUGACAAAUAAGCUGUUCUGUUUAGUGAAAAAGAGAUGCUGUGAAAUCCACUGUAUCUAGUGUUGUUUAUGUAGAGAAGGUUUGGUGUGCGCACGGUGGUAAAACCUCCCUUUAUGAUAUACUGGUAAUGGCUUGUAAUGGACCUGUGCUGUAAAGCAUGAAGAUGAAAAGCAAACAAACAAACAAAUAAAAUGAAACCCAAAACAAUUAUGCAUGUAAAAACCAACAACUUUUAAAUAAGACUAAUCUCCAAAAUGUGUUUACUUUUCUGACACAUUAUUUUUUUGUAAUGUUAAAUAUUGAUGGAUGCUGUGCAUCAGAAUAUAUAUAUAUAUAUAUAUUGUUUCUUUCUUUUUUUUUUUAAACGCCGUUUGUUAUACUAGCCUUUAAGUCUACAGCUAUGCUGACAGAAACAUUUUACAGUUAAUCAGAUAAUUUUCAAGGAAAGUAUUUGCACAAAUAUGGUUUUUGUAUGUGUAAUUGAAAUGUAUAUGAAUAUUAAAUACACAAACGUUUUACCGUAA